AACGGCCGCGUUGACGCACCCUGAAUGUUCCUAGUAUACGAAUGUAAGAACUGGACGGUGAUUCACCUAUUGCAGAAAAGGUCUUUCUGCGAGCGAGAAAAGGAGAAUGCGGCAAGCCCCGAUAGACAAGAGAUCGAUAAAUAGGGGCCUCCCUAGGGCCUCCCGAUGCGGUAGCCUCCCUGAACUGCCGGUUCUACAUUUGAAAUCCGAAGAGACAGGGCUGCUUGAUUGUAUCGUUCAGAUUCGUUCUCACCUCUGGCACAUCUUGGAGUUGCUGAGCUCUCGGGCGUGGUUUACUCAGGCGUUUCCACCCCUGAGGGUAACACACCCUCCAGAAGAACUGCGCUGGCUUAAUUAUACGAAGGAGCAUCACCAAGUUCUCUAUGUGGAUAGGGACCUGAUGACCAAUCAUUCAUCUGAUCUGAGUAUCUAUGCAUUUGUCUUCGAGCACUCUGGGCCUAUCAACAAUCCCACCAACAAAAACCAACCAGCUCCAAACAUAUCCUUGACGGAAAUUUGCAGGGCCUCGAUCCCAUCCCGCUUUGUAUCACCUCAAUAUAUCAUUAGAUCCCACUCCCUUGUCUCUGUACCAGACUCGCGGGUUCGUUAAUCACAUUGCCGAUCUUUACUGCUACUGGUCGACGUAUCAUGAUUAUGGAGCACGGCCAGGAGCGGAUCAAAGAAAGGGGCGAUGUAUCCGAUGAUGGGAGGUACAGGAAGUUGGGGCUGGGGGGCAGAGCUGGGUGGUUAUGGUUAUCCGGUUUGGUUCGUUGCGUGCUGAGCUGAUAAGUAAAUUAAAGGAAUCUUUGGGACUGUGACGGAUUGGGUGACAUGCACAUGCAACUUCACCUCGGUCAUCCUAAUUAGGAGCGGUCCAUCAUUUGCGUUGGCUUCC